AUGACGACUAAGACCAUCCAUGGGAACUCGCAAUUCCAGAAGCCCUCCUCUCUACGCUGGACGUGGGAGUCACCCGGUGGAGGAUACCGUAAUGAAAUAGACCACAUCAUCGUUAAUAAAAGGUUCUGCCUGACGGACGCUAUUGUACCGAAGUUCUAUACGGGAUCGGACCAUCGCCUCCUCCGAGGAAGAUUUUCCUUCACAUGGAGAGCAGAAAAAGCCGCCAAGUUCAGAGGGAUAAAUCCAAGAACUAUUAUCAACUGGGAUCCCUUCGCUGCGUUAGCCGGCUUUUGGGAAGAUUCCGCAGUGGACGACAUCGACGAGGAAUGUGACCGGCACGUCGAACACCUUCACGACUGCGCGAAGAAGGCUGAGAGUUCUAAAACCACCAAGAGACGCCUGCCUUUGGAAAAUCCUUAA